AUGUGAAGAAGUAAUCCAUCAUCCUCCACUGCUGUUGUUCUUUUUCCUCUUCUAUCCUGGUCGAGUGCGGUUGCGCAAAGUCCGUUUCCAAAGUUUUUGAGUGAUUGCGGCCGCAGCGUGCAGACCGCAGGCCACCACUGUCAUGGCCGAAGACAACGAACUCUAUUAUCUCCAGCCGGGAUUUGACCUCAGCAGCCUCACCGUUCCGAAGCUGCGGUCUAUCCUCGUCACGCACGACAUUCCUUACUCGUCCGGGGCGAAAAAGGGUCAGCUGCUGGAAACAGUCGAACAAGAACUUUUGCCGAAAGCCUCCAAAUUGCUCAAGGCGCAGGCGAGAGUCCGUCGCACGAGCAAAGGCAUCACGGAUGUCCCCAGUAGCCAGGAAAGCACCGUGGAUGGCGAGGAUGGAGGCGACAAACAGUUGAUGCCACCUCCCAAGACGCCGCGAAGCAGAAAGAGCAGAUCAGAACUGGCCACUGAAACUACCGACGCCGCGCCGUCGACUUCCAGGCGCCGCACCAAGACCCCCAGCCGACGGAGCACGACCAGAACGCCAAGGGCAUCAGACACGGAACCAGAAGUCGAACGGACAGGACGCAAAUCACGCAAAAGCAUACCGCAGCCGAUCCUUCCACCGGCCGUGAAGAUCGAUGAGCCAGAUGCCCGGAUGAAACGAGAAUCAUUAGAAGCAGGAACCAGCCCAUUUUCAGAUGAUAAUCCCUUUCAGUCUGGCUCGAGUCCUCCGUCCGGCGCAGACCGACGUAAAUCUGCUUCUCGAUCACGCAAGUCCUUGACAGCAACGAGUACAAGGAAGAGUCCCACCAAGCGUAGAGAAACACGUUCGCCGCCCAUCAAAUCCGAAGAGGACGAACCGUUGCGAGCAUCAUAUUCCUUUCCAGUAUCAAGAAUCACGUCAGACGAACCAGAAGAUGGAGUACAGGUUACUGAGGAGUUCACAGCCGAUGCCGCUCGUGAGCUGGCCGAAGAUGAGAGGAACGGACAAGUUGUACCGGCCAGACCGUCGGCGCUCGUGCGGCGGAAGAAACAGAAACCGACGAGUACAGUCGCCAAAACUGCGCCAUGGGCUGUCAUGACCACUGUCCUUGCGGCACUUGCAGGCUGGUACAGACAGGAAAAGAUCAACGUUGGCUAUUGUGGAGUCGGAGAGCCUCACUGGUCGUUGGCGCAGAACCCACACAUCCCUGCUUGGGUGCACCAGAAUUUCGAGCCGACAUGUGAGCCGUGUCCACAGCAUGCCAUUUGUUAUCCAGACAUGGAGGUGCAGUGUGAGACGGAUUUUGUUCUCCAGCCUCACCCGUUGAGUGUCAAUGGACUUGUGCCACUUCCUCCGACGUGCGAACCGGACAGCGAGAAACAAAGACGUAUCAAGGCUGUAGCUGACAGGGCGGUCGAAGAUCUCCGAGAGAGACGGGCAGCAUAUGAAUGUGGAGACACGGUCAGCAAGGCGGAAGAAGCGGUUUCCAGUGCCACGGCCAACGUUCAGGCAGUCGCCAAGUCCACGGCUUCUAAGCUCGAAGUCACGGAAGAAGAUCUCAAAAAGUCGGUGUCGAAGCUCAGAAGAAAAGGCAUGACGGAACAAGAAUUUGAAGAUCUCUGGCGUGGAGCCCUAGGAGAUAUCAUGGGCCGCGAUGAAGUUGAGGUCACGCACGAUACUGUCGCUACUUCUGAAAUUACAGAUCCGGACGACUUGUCCUCUCAAGCACCUCCCUCGCCCGACUCCCCUUCGGAUGCGCCGUCCGACGAUCUAUGGUCCGGACGGUUUCGCAAAAUCGAAUCCCUAUUGGAGUUCUGAUCGCAAUCAUCUCGGCCUUGUUCUACGGACGGAACAAGAUCAUGGCCUACCAGCGCGCCACGGCACAGAUUCCCGGUCUGGUCGCGACGACUCUCGAUAGACUUGCAACGCAGGCGGCACUGUACCACGACCAACGUACCUCGGAGGCGUUCAUUAGUGUUGGACAGCUCCGGGAUGAUGUGUUGAGGCACGUGUUCAGUGCGAGUGAGAGGGAGAGGGUGUGGCAGAAUGUACGGAAGAUUGUCGAGAGUAAUUCCAACGUACGUGCUGCGACGAGGGAAGGUGGAAAGACGGGCGAGUGGUCGCGUGUCUGGGAAUGGAUUGGACCCGUGGACCUGGCGCCGGGUUUGGAAGGGAGAAGGAGUGGUGGGGGAGGGUUGCUUGAAGCGUCGUCGUCGUCGACGACGACGGCCAGAAGAGGCGAGAACGGUAGUGAUGGUGUUGAACAGCGAUCGCGAAUCCAGACGCCAGAUCGAGCUACUGUUGAAGUGAGACGUUGGGACGAAGGACGUCCGAUUUAUUGAAUGUUUUUUGAAGUUUUAUUGUUGAGAGAGGGAGAGAGAGACAACAGAAGAGAUUUUUGUCAUGUUUCAUUUUUUUUUGGUUCAUUUUGGUGUGUUGUGAGUGUUGGGGAUGAUGAUGAUGAUAAUGAGGGUGUCUUGUCAUGAUAUUCGUUUCUCUUGAUUCUGUCUAUUCGAGUCUCUCAGACGUGAUGGAAACCCACGACGACACUUUGAUUGCGUUUAGGUGUGCCCUUUCUUGUGUCAACCUCAACGUUUUCACCUUUAAUUCUAUAUGGACUUGAACCAUUUACGAGUAUUCCAGAGUGGUAGUCCUUUUUUCUUCCUUCGACAGGCCUCAUCUCGAUCAUGAAUGUCCAUUGGAUAUAUGAGUACGAGGAUAACUACGGACUACGACUACGACAGGACACGGGACAUGGCAAAUCAAUCAUAUUUGCGACUAUGGAUG